CUCUUCUAACCCAAUUUCUACCUUUCAGUGCCUGGCAGUCUGAGCCCCUCACUUUUCUGUUUUUGGCUUGCCUAAGGGACUCAAAAUUCUGACCCAGUUCCCCCAUCACCGAGCCUGUGCCGAAUCCCCGGCACCGUGGAAAUCAAGAUAAAUGGGGGAUGGGGAAGUGGAUUGAGGAAAACACGUGUUUACAGGCACCAAUGUAGGAGAUCUUGAGCUCCGGAAAGAGGAGAAUAAAGGCUAUCUUGAGUUCUGCGACAGCGGUUCAGAAAACUCCACCAGAUGUCUGCUGUGGCUACUCCAGCCAAUGGAGACUUUAAUGGUUACGAAUGGAGUCGCUGGGAAGUCAUGGGCAAUUGUAAGUCAGCUGAAGAACACUUUCAAGAAAUCAACAAUCACGUCUGUAAGGUAAAAUCUGCCUAGAGAAGGCUGAGAUGGAGAAAGUAUCCUAAACCCUGGGGAUCAAAUGACUGACCUGCAGGGAACUCAGAAAGGAGCCCCCAGAAUCGAGACCCCUAAAGACAAAGGCGGCGCGGAAACUACGGAGACUCGAAAUUAAAGACCCUUCCUGAAAAAGAGGAAACGAGAAAAAAGAGGAGCGAGGCGGACAGAUUUCAGGUAGACAUUGGGAAGGGACAAGAAAGAAGAAGAGAAGCAAAAGAAGGCUUGCAGGAUCGCAGCGGACAAGCAGGAAGUGGAAUGCAUCCGAUUUCAAAGGCAAGCUCCGCAUCCCUCUUCGCAUCCCUGGAUGCAGCCGCCUGUUCUGGGUGUCGUCUCCCUUGGCGUUCUCGUUCCUGCACAGACACGGGCAACUCUUCACCGGAGCGACACCGUGUUGUGUCAAGGUAUCCGAGAGGAGCCUCACUCCUCGCGCUGCACCCUAGAUUCCUCCACCCGGCCUCCCAGCUCUGAGCGCAGGGCAGCCCAGUUAGCUGGUUUCAACCCGCAGGUCGCGGGCUGCGCGAACUGACUGACUGCAAGCUCCUUGGCGCUGCCCCCCUCCCGCCCCCCGGGCCGCGGGGCUGCUCUGAUUGGACGUGGCUGCGCCCGGCCGGCCAAUGGUGAGGCGGCGGCAGCUUCCCGGAAGUGGCGGCGCGGCCGGCGGUGGCUGGGGCUUCCGUUGCUCUCUAGGCAGGCGGUCAGUCCGCCCGGGUUGGCGGACGCAAUGAGCUGCUUCGAGGGGCAGAUGGUCGAGUAUCCAACCAUCUCCAUAGACCGCUUCGACCGGGAGAACCUGAGGGCCCGCGCCUACUUCCUGUCCCACUGCCACAAAGAUCACAUGAAAGGAUUAAGAGCCCCUACCUUGAAAAGAAGGUUGGAGUGCAGAUGAGGAAACUGAGGAACCAGAGGGGUUAAAUUAGUUGCCCAAAGUCACGCAGCCAGUAAGUGGCAGGACCAGGAUUCCCACCAGCUUGAAGGUUUACUUAUACUGUUCUCCUGUUACUAAAGAGCUGUUGUUAACAAGCCCGAGGUACAGAUUUUGGGAGAAACGAAUUAUAUCCAUUGAAAUUGAAACUCCUACCCAGAUAUCUUUAGUUGAUGAAGCAUCAGGCGAGAAGGAAGAGAUUGUUGUGACUCUCUUACCAGCUGGUCAUUGCCCAGGAUCAGUUAUGUUUUUGUUUCAGGGCAACAAUGGGACUGUCUUGUACACGGGAGACUUCAGAUUGGCGAAAGGAGAAGUUGCCAGGGUGGAGCCCCUGCACUCCGGGGGCAGAGUGAAAGACAUCCAGAGUGUGUACUUAGACACGACUUUCUGUGAUCCGAAAUAUUACCAAAUUCCUAGUCGGGAGGAGUGUCUGCGUGGGAUCCUGGAGCUGGUUCGCAGCUGGAUCACGCGGAGCCCGUACCACGUGGUGUGGCUGAGCUGCAAGGCCGCCUACGGGUACGAGUAUCUCUUCACCAACCUCAGCGAGGAGUUCGGAGUCCAGGUGCACGUGGAUAAACUAGACAUGUUUCGAAACAUGCCUGACAUCCUUCAUCAUCUCACAACAGACCGUGACACUCAGAUCCAUGCGUGUCGGCAUCCAAAGGCAGAGGAAUAUUUUCAGUGGAAUAAGUUACCCUGUGGCUUUACCUCCAAAAAUAGACUUCCACUCCACACAAUCAGCAUUAAACCAUCCACUAUGUGGUUUGGAGAAAGAGCCAGAAAAACCAACGUCAUUGCGAGGACUGGAGAGAGUUCGUACAGAGCCUGCUUUUCUUUUCACUCCUCCUACAGUGAGAUUAAAGAUUUCUUGAGCUACAUCUAUCCUGUGAAUGUAUAUCCAAAUGUCAUUCCGUUAGGCACAACUAUGGGUAAAGUUCAAGAAAUCUUAAAGCCUUUAUGCCGAUCUUCCCAAAGUACCAAGCCGAAGUAUAAACCACUUGGAAAAUUGAAGAGAGCAAGAACAAUCCACCUAGACUCAGAGGACGAUGACAGUGACCUCUUUGAUGAUCCUCUGCCAGUACCUUUAAGGCACAAGAUUCCAAGCCAGCAAACUCUUCGCCCUGAGGUAUUGCCCACGACUGCGAUUUCACAAGACCAGCCUCAAAAACGGAGAGAAAGCACAGGGUGCUUCAGAGCAGAGAGUAUGCCAACAACUUUCCUUUGGGCAGACUUUAUAGAUUGUGAGGAAUCCAACAGUGAAAGUGAGGAAUCCAACAGUGAAAAUGAAGAAUCCGAAAUCCCAGCUUCAGCUCAAGGAGACAUGGGUCCUGUCCCCCAGCUCCAGAAGAGGGCUGAUGGGGAAGUACCACAGUGGGAAGUGUUCUUUAAAAGAAGUGCUGACCUCACUGAUGAUGACUAUCUGGAGAACCUCCCGUCCUCCACAGAGGCAGGGGGCUCUCAGUCUCCGAAGCUUUUCAGUGACUCCUCUGAUGGGGAAUCAACUCACAUCUCUUCCCAGACGUCUUCUCAGUCAACACACAUAUCAGAACAAGGAAGUCAAGGCUGGGACAGCCAGUCCGACACUGUUCUGCUAUCUUCCCAGGAGAGAAGUGGGGGCGUGGCCUCCUCGAGCAGACGUGUCUACAGGCCAGGAAUCAAAGACAACACUCUUGCCCCUCAGAUGGAACAAAAUGUACUUUGCCCAAAGGACACAUACUCUGAUUUGAAUAUCAGAGAUCAAGAUGUAAGUAUAGGUUCUAGUGCUGGAGAGACGGCUACUCUGAGCAGCGGGAAGCACACGCCUCAGGAGAAAAGGCCACUAAACCCAAGCAGCAGCGCAGAGUCACCAAGCUCCUCUGAUUUUGAAAUUCCCUCCACUCCAGAAGCCGAGCUACCUACACGAGAGCAUUUACAAUAUUUCUAUGAGAAGUUGGCAACAGGGGAGAGGAUAGUAGUUGAAAAAAGAAAAAGCUCACCUCAUUCUAGAGCAACCACUAAAAAACCUAUACCAAGAGAUAAUAGUCAAAAUCCUAAUAGAUAAACUAAAAUGGAAAACUUAAAAAUGUUCCUAUAACCUAAAAGGUGGCAAGUAAAGGGGAAACGGAGGACCAAAAAAUAGAGGGAAAACACAGAAAACAAGAUAUGGGAGAACUAAAUCCAAACAUAUCAAUAAUUACAUCAAAACAGAGGAAAAACCAUAAACCAACUAACUAUAUACUGUCUAUAGGAAGCUGACUUCAAAAGGCUUGGGUAGGUUUACCAGUGAAAGGAUGGAAACCUUUACCAUGUAAACAUUACUUAAAAGAAAGAUGGAGUGGCUAUGUUACUAAUGAUAAAACAUCCAGUUCACUGAGACAGAAUCCUAAAAGUACCGUACAACUACGGAAUAUACAAAGCAAAAACAACUGCAAGGAGAAAGACGAACUAAUGCACAAUUACAGCUGUAGCAGAAUUAGUCUACAGAGUAUCAGCAAGGAUACAGAAGAACUGAACAGCACCGCCACCCAACUGGAUUUAACUGACACAUCCAACAGCAGAAUACACGCUUUUCAAGUUUACACAGGACAACGCUCACCAAGACAGACCAUAUCCUGGGUUGUAAAAACACUUCAAGUUUAAAGAAUAAACUUGGUGACAGAAGAAAGUCAGCCCCUUACCUAUCUCAGGUGUUCCAUCACUUAAGAGUGUUGGUGUGAAUACAG